CCAGUCGCGUUCAAUUUCCGACAACUUCCGCCAGGGACCCGGCCCGGCAGUGGGCCGGGUUGUCUCGUGGUCCGUCCUGCUUAAGGCCUCGUUGUACCCUCGUGUCCUGUGGACUUCCGGGGGAGGCAGGCCCGGAGCUGUGCAGAGGCGGCUGAGGAGCGUGAGCGGAGGAUCCAGGGACCACCUACCUGGUCGGGCGCCUGGGGCAGGGCAGCCAGGUCCUGGGAGAACAGGAAGGGAUCCUGGCCCCCUGCCCACACAGCCUCAAUGUCCCACUUGUCCUUGGCCCCUCUUCGGACCAGGCUUUGGGGCCUGAAAGCUCCUCAAAGUAUCCCCUGGCCCCACCCUUUUUCCACUCAACCAUAUCCUCAUGGAUCUUCCAACCCCCAAAGAAAUCGUCAACAGAAGCAGAAGCGGCUUCGAGAAAAGCAGGGGGCUUUGGAGACAGAGACAGUAGGGACGAGCAAGCAACCAACAAAGCCUAGUAAAAGCUGGACUGCUAAAGAGAUAGUAUUGUAUGAAAUCCAUACAGAACCUGGUGAAAAAAAAGAUGUCACAGGGCCCUUGCCUCCUACAUACAGUCCCCAAUAUGUUGAAGCUGCUUGGUACUCUUGGUGGGUUCAAGAGGGGUUCUUCAAACCAGAAUACCAGUCCCAGCUGCCGCAGGCUACGGGGGAGACUUUCUCCAUGUGUAUCCCACCCCCCAAUGUCACUGGCUCCCUACACCUUGGCCAUGCUCUCACUGUGGCCAUACAGGAUGCUCUUGUGCGCUGGCAUCGGAUGCGAGGGGACCAGGUACUGUGGAUCCCAGGUUCUGAUCAUGCAGGCAUUGCUACUCAGGCUGUGGUGGAGAAGCAGUUAUGGAAGGAGCAGGGAAUAAGGAGACACGAACUGAGCCGAGAAGAUUUUCUAAAGGAAGUGUGGAGGUGGAAGGAAGAGAAGGGUGGUGAGAUCUGUAAGCAGCUACGAGCCUUGGGGGCCUCUUUGGACUGGGAUCGAGAGUGUUUCACCAUGGAUGCUGGCUCUUCAGUAGCAGUGACAGAGGCCUUUGUCCGUCUGUAUGAGGCUGGGCUGUUAUACCGGGACCAGCAGAUUGUCAAUUGGUCAUGUGCUUUGAGGUCAGCCAUCUCAGAUAUUGAGGUGGAGGGUCGGCCCCUGCCCGGCCGAACGGAAUUCUGCCCUCCAGGCUGUCCUUACCCUGUCUCCUUUGGCCUCCUUGUUUCUGUUGCCUUUCCAGUACAUGGGGACCCUGACACAGAGAUUAUAGUGGGGACCACACGGCCGGAGACUUUACCUGGAGAUGUAGCUGUGGCUGUUCAUCCUGAUGACCUCCGAUACACACACCUCCAUGGGCGCCAGCUCUGUCAUCCACUAAGUGGGAAGCUCCUUCCUCUCAUCACUGACCCUGCAGUCCAACCUGACAUGGGCACAGGUGCAGUGAAGGUGACCCCUGCUCACAGCCUUGUUGAUGCUGAGAUUGGGGCACGACAUGGGCUGGUCCCUGUGAAUGUCAUUGGAGAGGAUGGUACCAUGGUCUCCCCCUCUGGGGAUUGGCUGCAGGGUCUUCACCGAUUUGUGGCCCGUGAAAAGAUUGUGUCUAUGCUUAAGGAACGAGGGCAUUUUCGUGGCGUUCAGGACCAUCCUAUGGUACUCCCCAUCUGCAGCCGUUCUGGAGAUGUGGUGGAAUCUCUUCUCAAAAACCAGUGGUUUGUGCGAUGCCAGAGAAUGGGAGAACAAGCUGCCCAGGCUGUGAAAUCAGGGGCUCUGUGUCUCAACCCUCCCUUCCAUCAGAAGAAUUGGCAACAUUGGUUUUCUAAUAUCAGUGAUUGGUGUGUUUCCCGGCAGCUGUGGUGGGGACAUCAGAUCCCAGCCUAUCGGGUUGUUGGAAAGGAGGGAGACAAUGAGGAAUGUUGGGUAGUAGGUCGAUCAGAGGCUGAGGCCAAAAAAGCAGCUGCAGAACUCAUAGGGAGACCAGAGAAGGAGCUAACUUUGGAGAGGGACCCUGAUGUUUUAGACACCUGGUUCUCCUCGGCACUUUUCCCCUUCUCUGCUCUGGGCUGGCCCCAAAAGACCCCAGACUUGGCUCAGUUCUACCCCUUGUCCCUGUUGGAGACAGGCAGUGACCUUCUGAUGUUCUGGGUAGGCCGAAUGGUCAUGCUAGGCACCCAGCUCACUGGAAAACUUCCAUUUCCCCAGGUGCUUCUUCACCCCAUGGUCCGGGAUGGUCAGGGCCGCAAGAUGAGCAAGUCUCUGGGGAAUGUGCUCGAUCCUAGGGAUGUUAUCAGAGGGGCAGAGCUACAGGUGUUACAGGAGAAGCUGAAAGAUGGAAACCUGGAUCCCAGGGAGCUCCAGAUUGCUGCUGCUGGACAGAGGAAGGAUUUCCCUCAAGGAAUCCCUGAGUGUGGUACAGAUGCUCUGAGGUUCACACUCUGUUCUCAUGGAACACAAGGGAAUGACAUAAACCUGUCUGUCUCUGAGGUCCUGACCUCCCGCCAUUUCUGCAACAAGAUCUGGAAUGCCAUGCGAUUCAUCCUUAACGCCUUAGGAGACAGAUUUAUACCCCCUCCCACUGAAGAACCAUCUCCCUCGUCUGCCAUGGAUGCCUGGAUCCUGAGCUGCCUAGCUGUCACUGUAGGGGAAUGUGAGCGAGGCUUCCUGGCACAAGAUCUCUCUCUCAUCACCCAUGCUUUGCACCACUUUUGGCUCCAUAAACUCUGUGAUGUCUACUUGGAGUCCGUGAAACCUGUGUUGUUGAGGUCACCCCAAGCUGCUGGACCACUGCAGACCCUAUAUUCUUGUGCAGAUGUUGGACUUCGUCUCCUUGCCCCACUCAUGCCCUUCCUGGCUGAAGAGCUUUGGCAACGAUUGCCUCACCAACCAGAUUGUACCCAAGCUCGAAGCAUCUGUGUUGCCCCUUACCCCAGUGCCCAAAAUUUGGUGCACUGGUGCCAGCCAGAACUGGAACAGCGAUUUUCUCAGGUUCAAGAGGCGGUGAAAACACUAAGGGGGCUCCGAGCCAUGUACCAGCUCAGCAAGGCCCGGCCUCGAGUGUUGUUGCAAUGUUCAGAGCCUAAAGAGCAGUGCCUCUAUGAAGAUUUCCUGGAGCCACUGGGUACCUUGGCCUAUUGUGGGGCUGUGAGCUUCUUGCCCUACAAUAAGGCAUCUCCCCAAGGCUGGGCCCAGGCCUCUCUCAACAAUACCACCCAGGUCUACAUGGAGCUUCAGGGCCUGGUAGACCCUCACCUUCAUCUCCCUGUCCUGCUUACCAGAAGACAGAAACUCCAGAGACAACUUGAUAGCCUUACAGCCCGGACCCCAGUUGAGGGGAAUGAAAUGAUGCAGAGAGAGCAUAAGGUCUCUUCUCUCCUCAUGGAGCUAUCAAAGUUGGACCAGGCAACCUCUCACCUCCAGCAGCUGAUGGAUAUGACUCCUACAAAGCCGUGAAUUCCACCUGUACAUCACUUUACUCUACCUGACCUGUCUCUGGGUAUUGCUGGGGCAGGAUGACCAAGUCCUGGGGGAAUCCUGUGGGACAUUCAUAAUUGUCAUGACCUCCCUUGUCCCCUGCUUUUUUUGCAUUCUCAGAAGUAAGAUAAUUUAAAAUAUUUUUUUAAGCCAAGGCAUCUUGUCUGGUGCCUUUUUUGUUCUUCUUUCCAAGUGGUGUCUUCUUUGCUCUUCAGUUCCUUUGAAAAGAAUUCUACCUAAUCUUGGGGCUGCUUUUGGUCCUGGGGUUGGGAGUGAGGAUUGGAGUGCACCGACCUUGGGGUUGAGGUGCUGGGAGUUAGUGCCCCAGGCUCCCUCUUCUCUCUCUCAUAAGGCCACAGGCUUGACCAUGUGUUGGCUUCUCUAGGCCUUUUCACCAAUCCAGUGGUACUCUGCUCUUCCUUCAAACUAAUCCUGGGAAAAGAGGGGAGAAAGUUUUCCAGAUGUAGGGGUUACAGUGACGACCAGAUUAGGGAACACUUAGCUCCAGUUUGGGAGUACAGAGCCUUGGAGGGUCAACUCUCUCCCUCUCCCCUCACCACAUUGGUGAGCUGGUGGUUGGAGUAUGUCUGUCCUGAGAUGUCAUACACAUUUAGAGCCACAAAAAUUACCUCCUCGAUCUCAAUUUCGUAUUUUCCUGCUCCUAAAUGGUCCCCCAGAGACCAUCAGCAAGCCUUUAUUAAGCUCCAGCUCUCUGCUAGACCCUGUGCUAAAAGCUGGAGAGAUAAUAAAGAAAGGCAAAGCCAUAGUCCCUGCCCUCCGGGAUUGAAGGAAGCAGAUAACUAUGGACACCCAAGAUAAUGUGCAAAUAGAAGGUAAACUGAAAGGGGGGUGGAGGUGUGUGUGAAAUGGCCUCUUGAAAAAGGUGGGAUUUGAGCUGCAUUUUGGAAAAAAUGCCUGGGCCAAACCAGAAGAAAAAUUUUAAGUUAUCAGGACACACAGUUAUAUGUUAACCAAACUGAAAACAAAAGGCAAGUUAUUUUAAAAGUACAAACUAUAUACUAUAAAAUAACCCAAACUAACAAAAUGUAUUAGGACUAUAUUUGUCACACAAAAAAGGAAUAUGGUAAAAUGUUUUCUUAACUUUUAAGAAUAAUUUGUGUAGCAUUGGCACUAAUCAUUUUUUAAAAGUUUGAUAGAAUUCUCCUUUGAGCCCAUCA